GUUUCGGACCCAGCCCAGUUUGGAGGAACAAGCCAAUCGUCUGCGCAGCCACGCCCCCGGCUCGUAUGCUUGCGCUUCACUUCCUCUUAGUCUGCUGUACAAGGCUUACCGUCGCCCGUCGGGAUAUGACUGGGUCAGCUGUUUGUGGCGAUAAAGCCGGCUAGGUGUUUACCGCGCUGUUUUCUGCCCACUCGGCAGCAUUUGGGGGCACACCCCUCUACUCUAGUAACUGAGGAGGCUAUGACGUCUACAGCAGAUCCUGAAGCAGUUACAUCUUCCGACCGGUGUGUUACUUCUGCGUGGAAGACAAAAAACGAGGUCAUUACCAGUUGGGGAAACAGCGGAAUUGCACAGCCUGACAGCAGUUUCGCUGUCAAGGCUUCAAGAUUUCAACAGUUAACUAACACAGAAAAUGAUACAAUGAUUCCAGUAUUAUCUUCAAAAAAAGCAAGUGAAUUACCAGUGAGUGAAGUAGCCUGGAUUCUUAAGGCUGAUCUUCAGAGUGGUUUAAACAACCCUGAGGUUUGUCAUAGGAGAGCUGCCCAUGGCUGGAAUGAAUUUGAUAUUAGUGAAGGCGAGCCUCUUUGGAAAAAAUAUAUUGAACAGUUCAAAAAUCCUCUUCUUAUGCUCCUGCUGGCUUCUGCUGUCAUCAGCAUUUUAAUGCAACAGUUUGAUGAUGCCGUCAGUAUAACUGUGGCUAUACUUAUAGUUGUCACUGUUGCCUUUGUUCAGGAAUAUCGCUCUGAAAAAUCUCUGGAAGAGCUCAGCAAGCUGGUACCACCAGAAUGCCAUUGUAUUCGAGAAGGACGAAUGGAGCACACGCUAGCUAGAGACUUGGUCCCUGGGGACACUGUUUGUCUGACGGUGGGUGACAGAGUUCCUGCAGACUUGCGCCUGUUUGAGGCAAUGGAUCUUUCUGUGGAUGAAUCUAGUUUAACUGGUGAGACUGCUCCAUGUGCCAAAUCUACAGCACCCCAGCCAUGUGCAUCAAAUGGAGAUCUUACCUCAAGAAGCAACAUUGCCUUCAUGGGAACACUAGUCAGAUGUGGAAAAGCUAAGGGUAUUGUCAUUGGAACAGGAGAAAAUUCAGAAUUUGGGGAAGUGUUUAAAAUGAUGCAAGCUGAAGAGGCGCCAAAGACACCCCUACAGAAAAGCAUGGACAUUUUAGGGAAACAGCUCUCCUUAUAUUCCUUUGGCAUUAUAGGUGUAAUCAUGCUGGUUGGCUGGCUGCAAGGGAAGCACAUUCUUGAUAUGUUUACAAUUGGUGUAAGUUUGGCAGUGGCUGCUAUACCUGAAGGACUUCCUAUUGUGGUAACAGUAACAUUGGCCCUUGGUGUUAUGAGAAUGGUGAAAAAACGAGCCAUUGUGAAGAAAUUACCCAUUGUUGAGACACUUGGUUGCUGUAAUGUUAUAUGUUCAGAUAAAACUGGGACUUUGACAAAAAACGAGAUGACUGUGACACAUAUUUUUACUUCAGAUGGGCUUCAUGCAGAGGUAACUGGUGUUGGAUACAAUCGCUUUGGGGAAGUUAUACAUGAUGGGGAAAUCAUUCACGGGUUUUGUAAUCCUUCAAUAAGCAAAGUCAUAGAGGCAGGAUGUGUGUGUAAUGAUGCUGAAAUAAGGAACAAUACAUUAAUGGGGAAGCCUACUGAGGGUGCACUAAUUGCUCUGUCUAUGAAAAUGGGGCUUGAAGCUCUUAGACAUGACUACAUACGGAGAGCAGAGUAUCCUUUCAGCUCAGAACAAAAGUGGAUGGCUGUAAAAUGUGUGCACAGAACCCAGCAGGAUAAGCCAGAGAUUUGCUUUAUGAAAGGGGCUUAUGAGCAAGUUAUUAAAUACUGCACCACAUACAACAGCAAGGGCCAGACUUUCCCUCUGACUCAGCAACAAAGAGAACUUUAUCUUCAAGAGACUGCUUACAUGGGGACUGCUGGCCUACGGGUUAUAGCUUUGGCAUCUGGUCCUGAAUUGGGACAGCUGACUUUUCUUGGUCUAGUAGGCAUGAUUGAUCCUCCAAGAACAGGCGUGAAAGAAGCAGUCAGUACACUUAUUCGCUCUGGAGUUGCCAUUAAAAUGAUCACUGGAGACUCACAGGAAACAGCUGUUGCAAUUGCUAGUCGUUUAGGCUUUUAUUCUAAAGGCCUACAGUCUCUCUCAGGUGAAGAUGUAGAUAUGAUGGACAUUCAGCAACUUUCACAAAUGGUAUCAAAGGUUUCUGUGUUUUAUAGAGCCAGUCCCAGACACAAGUUAAAAAUUGUGAAGUCCCUGCAGAACAUUGGUGCAGUUGUGGCAAUGACAGGUGAUGGAGUAAAUGAUGCUGUGGCUUUAAAGGCUGCAGACAUUGGCAUUGCAAUGGGAAAAACUGGAACAGAUGUGUGUAAAGAAGCAGCUGAUAUGAUCUUGGUGGAGGAUGAUUUUCAAACAAUAAUGUCAGCCAUUGAAGAAGGAAAAGGAAUCUAUAACAACAUUAAAAACUUUGUUCGCUUCCAGCUUAGCACGAGCAUAGCUGCACUAACUCUAAUAUCCCUUGCAACUUUAAUGAACUUUCCUAAUCCUCUCAACGCCAUGCAAAUUUUAUGGAUUAAUAUCAUUAUGGAUGGUCCUCCUGCUCAAAGCCUUGGUGUGGAGCCAGUUGAUAAAGAUGUAAUCAGAAAGCCACCGAGAAACCUAAAAGACAGCAUAUUGACUAAGAAUUUGAUCGUCAAAAUACUCCUUUCCUCCAUUAUCAUAGUGUGCGGGACACUGUUUGUCUUCUGGAGAGAGCUGCGUGAUAACCUCAUUACACCCAGAGACACAACAAUGACAUUUACCUGCUUUGUAUUCUUUGAUAUGUUCAACGCUUUAAGUUCCAGAUCACAGACUAAAUCUGUGUUUGAGAUAGGCCUGUGCAGCAACAAGAUGUUCUGUUAUGCAGUGCUUGGCUCCAUUAUGGGUCAGUUGCUGGUCAUUUACUUCCCACCCCUGCAGAAAGUGUUCCAGACAGAAAGUUUAAGUAUACAAGAUUUGGUGUUCUUAAUAGGACUUACCUCUUCAGUGUGUAUUGUGUCAGAGAUCAUAAAGAAGCUGGAAAGGAGCAAGGACGAGGAUCAGAAACACAGCACCUCUACCUUUUUCCUUGAAGUAUGAUGCAUAUUGCAUUGUUUUUAAUUGGCAGCCAGGGGAUCCGCACUUUGAUGAAAAAAAGCAACUGCUCUGGGCUUCAGAGGUCCCAUUGGGAUUUUCCUUUACUUAGUGCGGAUUUUAUAAAACGUCCUCUUUGAUAUGGAUAAAGGAAGCUCUCGUGGACUUUAUAUUCCUAAAAUAUGUGCUGGGGCCAGUGUUUGAAAAAAAGGUUGAAAAAAAAAAAAGAUUCCUUAAACCUGCGUUUGGUUAGCACCACCCACCUGAGCAAUGUGUAGGUUUAAGUCUUUUGUAUAGUCGAACCUCAUACUUUAGUUUAUAUUUUUAUAUAUAUUCUCUCCUGCUCAAUGAAGGGGUUUUGUUACUAAACUAAGAUUUUUUUUUUUUUUAAAGUCUGGAAAGUGUGUUCUGAUCAAGCCCAUACUGUAUUUAUUUUCUGCUAUCUUGCAUUUUACAUUUGCUCAUAUCCUGCAAAUCUUGUGGGCACAGGGUGUGACUACUGUCCUUUGAACUACCUGUGCAGCGCUAUGUAACAUUAAACUGAAUGAAUGUGAUUGCUACAGCCAACCUGAAAGCUUAUUGGCCCAUCUGUAACAAAACUACUGUAUUUACCAAGCGGUUGACAUGUCAUUGCACUGUAACAUUAUUUUAAAGCUAAGUACACAGUAAAGGUCCCGAUAUUUUACACUGAA